CCUUGGCUUUCUUAUUUAUUUUUCCACAAAAUCCUCUUUUGUCCUCCAUUUUUGUUCCUCAACGAUUCCUCUGUUUUUUUCGCCUCCUCUGCUUUUCAUCGUUACUCCCUUUUUCCCCCCAAUAUUACAUCCGAGUUCCGAAUGGGAUUCUCAAAAAAGUCGCAAAUCGACGGCGGAUUAGAAGCAGAAGGGAAAAAAUGGGUAAUCGCCGGGCUGCCGGCGAGGUCAUCGUUGAAGCCGAUUAGCACAAAAUCUAGAGCAAAAGACGGCGAGGACGACUGCGAGAAGUCGCGUUCAACAACGCCGACGGCGAAAGAAGCGAGAAUACCGGAGAAACUGAGUUGCCCGGCGGCGCCGAGAAAGCGUAGGUCGCUAAAAUCAAGCUCUAAUCAAAAUCAUGGUAGGGAGUUCUUUAAUCCUCCUGAUUUAGAAUCUGUGUUUAAGAUCCGAGUUUAGUGGGGCAAUUGGGUUUGUUUAGUUCAUAAUUUAGGGUUUGUGAUUUUGGGUGUUUGUUUAAUUUUAGUAUUAUAAUUUUUUUUAUGUUCUUGGUAAUCCUGAGGAGUAUGGUGAUUAUGAUGUACAAAGGAUUUGAUAUUUGUUAUCUAAACGAGUGUUGUAGCUUAGCUCUGUUUCAAAAUUUGGGAAUUCUAAAAUUUUCUCGGGAAACAAACAGACCCAGAUGAGAAAAUUUAUAAAAGAAAAGGAAAGUUGUGGCUGUUCUUCUUGU